AUGUUGUUCCGCCGGCGGAGUGGUGUGUGUUUCGAAGUCGGCAGAUGCAGAUUGUCCUUGAAUCAAGUGUAAUAUAAUUUUUAAUUUUGAUGUCCCGCGCGCAAACUUGUUUGACUGCGUCUUGUUUCUGGACCCCCACAACAAAAGAACUCCUCAUUUUUUGUCUAACGCAUCACUCUUUCAGGUUUAUGGGUUGGUUUACCCUCUUUGUUUUAUCCGUAUUCUUAUGUUCAAUAUCCGAUGGUCAGAAGGUCCGAAAGUUAUCUGAUCCUCCAUCGAAGGAGUUGCUGAGCUCUCCGACAUCGUUGAGUAUAUUGGUGACCACAACUGACACUGUUACACUUAGGUUUGCGUAAGUUGUUUUACAUUCUUGUGUAAUUUGCCUUUAGAAAAACGGUAAAUGCGAGCUUCUCGAUUCAUCUGAAAGGCUCCAAUGAUUUUGUGGCAACACCUCAUACUCUAAACUUCGCUCCCAAUCAGACUAGCCAUGUGGUGAAUGUAACUGGAGUUGACGUAGUAUCAACAACUUACUUGGAGAUCGAUAAGUGUUCGGCGCCAUGUCCAUUCGAGUAACUAAAAUAUUAUUUGAUACCUAAAAUCUUUUAAUUUUUAGUUACGAAGCCUUCUUUGUGCCGAUUACAGUCUACCGCAGUCAGAUUGCCUAUUUAUUGGUCAGAGUGACUGGAUGGAUCUACUUUUUCGCAUGGAGCAUAUCAUUUUACCCUCAGAUUUGGCUAAACUUUAAGAGGAAAUCGGUUCACGGUCUGCAUUUCGACUUUUUGCUUUUGAAUACGAUUGGCUUUACUGCAUAUACCAUCUACAAUCUGGCUAUGUACUUUUCGGAUUCUGUUCAAGAUGAAUAUUUUUUGAAAGAUCCGAGAUCACAGAUCCCAGUGUUGCUAAAUGAUGUCGUUUUUGCUGUCCAUGCCCUUGGAGCGUGUAUAUUUACGGUCUUUCAAUGCUUUUUGUACGAUGUAAGUUGGGUUUUCUUUGUUUAUUUUAAAUUUUAGAAAUGCCUUCGUUGUACUUACCGUAACCCAUUGUUUUAGCGAGGUGAACAACGAGUCUCCCGGAUUGGUGUCGGCUUGAGCACGACGCUGGUUGGCAUCGGAAUCAUUGGCUUGGCAUGUCUUAUUUUUGGAUUCCUUAAUGCCCUGCAGACAAUAACUCUAUUGUCAUACAUAAAGAUGGCUGUGACUUGUUACAAGUACAUCCCUCAGGCUGUUUACAACUUCAGAAGACAAUCCACAAUUGGAUGGUCGAUUGAGAAUCUGAUCCUUGAUUUUACCGGGGGCAGCUUUUCGAUUUUGCAAAUGGUUAUUGUCUCUUGGAAUACAGGUAAAGAAUGAGGUCAUGGAUAAUAUAAUUUUGGAAUUUUUUUUGUGACUUUUUCCGAUUUUCUUUGAUAAUACUGUAGAUUAUGACGAGGAAUGUUUAUAUUUACGUUUUUUUUUCAGAUGACUGGAGUCCGUUUACUGGAAAUGUUGUCAAAUUUUUGCUUGGUUUAGUGUCUAUGGUAUUUGAUAUAAUUUUCUUUGUCCAACACUUUUGUCUCUACCGGAAUAGAGAGGUAAGUGUUCUCUCAGUCAUUCCUUUGUCCUCUAAUCCACUCUUAAUCCGGCAUAUAAUGCUUUUUCAGGAGUUGACCACUAUUUUUAACGACUCCAACGAACCGGUGGAUCAUAUUCCAAUUGUCGACCAAAUGGAAUCUAAUGAAGAAAUCUAA